AUGACCACUCAAAGCAAAUAUUCGAAAGAAGCUGUCCUUUCUGAAUUGGAUCUUUUUACGAUACCACCUGUUCAGAAAUCUAUUGAGAGAAGCUAUGAAGUACAAUACAGACCAAUAUCAUCUCUCGACUCUACAAAAAUAAUAGAGUUUUCAAUUCCUACAUCUAAGGAUGAGUAUAUUCUUCUUCAUGAAACAUAUUUUUAUGUGAAAAUUCAACUUAAAAUCCGAAAAGCAGACGAUUCUGCGUUAACUAUUCAAGACUGGGAAACUGUAACACCAGUAAAUAAUUUACUUCAUUCUAUGAUAAAACAAGUUGAGCUUGAAAUUGGAGGGAAAGAGGUUACCAUGUCUAAUUCAACAUACGCUUACCGAGCCUAUAUUGAAAACAUGCUAGGCUUCUCCGCUGAUGCUAAAAACUCGCACUUGUCGAGUUGUUUGUGGAUGGAGAAUGCAAUAAGGAGACGAUCAUUUUUCACUCCGAGAAGUUUUGCAGAUGGUAGCAGUAAAGAAGUUGAUCUUUAUGGACGGCUACAUUUUGAUAUGACAUUUCAAGGCAAGGCUAUACUUGGAGGUAAAGAUAUUAAAGAUAGAGUAAGCGAUGUUGCAAUGGUGAUUAAAGAUGCAUGUCUAUACGUGCAUAAAAUGAAGGCUACACCUCAAUUAACAAACGCACACUCAAAAGCUCUGGCUAUUGCGCCUGCAUGUUACCCUAUUUCAAGGGUUGAUUUACGACAAGCCUCUAUCCAUGCAAACUCUCUUGAUGCGGUUCUAGAUAAUAUUAUAACUGGACAACUCCCUCGAAGAUUAUUCUUAUUAAUGGUUAAAAAUACAGCAUUUAAUGGUUCUAAGUCUCAAGAUCCAUUCCACUUUGACCAUUUUAAUGUUUCACAUGCAGCUUGUUACGUUGAUGGUGUUCAAUUCCCGACAAAUGCGUAUCAACCCGACUUCAAAAAUCAAUUAUGUGUACGAGAGUACUCUGGCCUAUUUCAAGCAAUGAAUAUGAACUCAACUGAUACAACAGUAAAUAUUACUAGGGAAGAUUUCAUGGGAGGAAAAACAAUUUUCGCCUUUAACUUUGCACCAGACCUGUCACAUGGACCUGGUAUGACUGGACAUAUUAACCCUAUUAAAAGAGGCUCGUUGAGAGUUCAAUUGAGAUUUUCUGAACCAUUAAGAGAAACAAUAACUGUACUUCUUUAUUGCGAGUUUGACAAUAUUAUUGAAAUAGAUUUAGAACGUAAUGCUGUAACUGAUUUCAAAUAA